GUGAGAGUCUGCUUCAUUCCUAUCUGCCUCUAAAGCUUCCUCACUCUCAUUUCCAUGGCGUUUUGAUGAUUUUGAGCCCAAAAAAAAAUAGAGAAAAAAAGUUCCUGAAAUCAAAGGAAAAAAACAAAACAAGAUUCACCCAAUACCCAUUUACAUGAAAUCACCUUUCACCAGAAGAACAAGAAGGAAACGAAAGAAGAAGAAGAACGUUUCACUCCCUCUUCAGAUCUAAACGAUAUCAGAUCUUACUUCACUCCCAAACAUUUCUCAAGGUCCAACAUCCUUUUUUCCGUUUUGAUGACUGAUGGUUGUGAUCUAUGAAGAUCUUGUCUGAUUCGAGGUUAUAGAUUUGUGGGUCUUUUUUAAUUUGAAUCCAGUAGUUAUACACAUAAGUAAAUCAGUUCGAUUUUAGUUACCUUCUUAUUUGUAUCUGCAAUGGCGGAGAUAUUGUUCUGGGCAUGAUUUUGGUCUCAAAAGUUGUCAUCUUUAUUAUGUACUUCAGUGAUCCGUAGCAAGGAUUAGGGGAUUUUAGAAGGACUUGGUUUAUUUUUCUUUUUAGGGUUGAAUCUGUGGUUUUUGAUUUUCAAAAUUACGAAAGCUAUGGAGACACUUGUUGUGGUGGCGCACCAUAGGAAUCAGUACUGUAGGAAGGUGAAGCCACACGAUCCUGCGAGAUUUGGGUCAUCACCACCGUCUAGGAAUUUCAGAGGUGUCAACUGCCGGACUUUUCAAUCCGGAGCAGGAUUGCUCCCAACCCCAUUUAAAUAUAAUUCUACUCCUUCAACCAAACGGCCAUCUUCCCCUCCCUUUUCACCAUCUUCCCCCAAAACACCAUCUCCUUUUGCUGAUGGAACACACUCAAAACCCACCUGGAAAAGCUCUCCUAUUCCUAUCACCAGCAAUAGGACUCCUAGAAAUGGUAAGCCUCUUACCGAGGAGAUUUCUGGGGAAGGUUUUCUUUACUCUGAGCUUUGGGCUGGACCUGCUUAUUCCAAUUCGCCGCCGCCAAGUUCUUUGCCGAUACCCAAAUUCUCACUUCGGGUGAAGAGGACCGUGUCGCUUGAUUUGCCUGCUGCUGACCCUGUUAUUGAUGUUCAUCAAACUGCUAAGUCUGCACCUGCAUCCCCUACCAGGGAGCUUAGCCCUUCUGUAGCUGAACUUUUUCGUAGUGCUGACUCUGCGUCUGCGACAAAGGCUUUACGUCGUAUUCUCAACCUUGACAGUACCUAUGACUGAAAAGAGUGGAGUUCUUCAGCUCCUGUAAAUAAGUUUACUGUGCAAAAUUUGAAGUUUGGUUUUUUAGUUUAUAUAUAGAUUGAAUAAGAUGGUUGGUAGCAUGGGUCGGUAUGUGUUGGUUCAGCUUUCUUUGGGUGGUGAUGAGAAAAAGGAAUGGCGAUGGUAGGUUGACAAUCUCCAGGCUUUCCUUUAUGAGAUGGUUUAUAAGAACUUCUGAUUGACUCAAGGCACGAGGUAUGUGAUUUGUGGGUGCUGUAGGCUUGGAUGGAAGAUGACUCGAGCUAUUCAGGAAGCCAAGGGGGGGGGGGGUUCAUUAGAAUCAAACGUUGUCUGCUAUCUUUGAAUUGACAUGAAAUCAAACUGAUGACUUGGUAGUGGAAGACUUUACAAUAUCAACUCCUUGGUGAUUAAUGUCUGUUUAGUUGUCCUUGAGCUAAUUUCUGAUACAGUGUAUAUAUUAGAGUCUGUAGAUCCCCUACUAAAUUGCUUCCCAAAUUUCUUAGGUUUCUUUUUUCUUAGUGCCCUUUGUUUCUAUUAGUAUUAACUUUGAUCAUCCCCUUUGUUUCUUUUUUCAACCUUAGAUUAAAUUAGCCUGCCUAUGUGACCUUUCUUUUUCUUGCAACUACUUUUGUUUCUCCAGCAUUGCCUUAAUUGGCUGCUUAACAAUCAAAUAUCCGCAAUAUCCUCUUACGGGAUUUCUCUCUGUUUUCCCAUCCUGUCCAUCUUUUUCUGGUUUUUUUGUUAAGAAAAUGGUGGUAAGGAAAAGUAAAGUGGUUAUUUGUUACAUCUGAAACUUGUUAGGUUAACCAGUUCCAUCCCCAGUUGAAAGUAUCGUUUGUGUCUUGUUCAUCCUGGUGCCUAAUGCCCACUCUGAUAUUGUUUCUUAGAGCCAUCUCUUAUGGAGAUUGUUGAUUGUUCCAAGAUACUUGCAAGGUUUUCAACAGGUAGCGGCCACUGGAAUAAGUUGUUUUCAGGAGGCUUUUGUUAAAGUAGAUGUGCUGAUGUUAGAUGUCUUUAAUGCAAGCCUUUCUGUAACCAGCAACUUUCUUGGAAAUGUUUGUUUUCGGUGUCUGUUGUUCUCGGGUUCUUUAAGUAGCCUUGUGUUGUGCUUAAAGUGCCAUGAUAAUGUUCGAACUUCGAAGUGCAGUAUGUUCUCUUUGUUAGCUGUUUUUUACACUUAUAUUUAUGCAUUAUGAUAUUCGAGUAUAUCGGAAUAUGAAUCUAUUGGAAUGC